CCCACGGCUCACAUCAGUCAGUGUGUAUUGAAGUCUGAGUGGAGACAAUGUAGCAGAUUUAAACCCAGCUGGAACAGGAUGCUCAGCACUUUAUCUUUCUUACGUUCCUCAUCGCGCUCCUCAAGCUGGACAUACUUGUUAAUGGAUGUUUUUUUGUUUGUUUGUUUGUUUCGUGCAUUUCUGUCUUUUGUUUAGUUUAGUUUGAGUGGUAAAAGCGUGAUGCGUGUCGCAGUGUGCUGGCGAUAGACAAUGCGCUCUUCAGCAUGGGAGCGAAUAACGGCAAACAGUGCGGCAGCGAAGGUAAAGGAAGUUCCAGCAUUUCCUCCGACGUGAGCUCAGGCACUGAUCAUACACCCACCAAAGCUCCCAGGAAUGUAACUGCCAGUGAAGACUCAGACCUGAGCAUGAGGACACACAGCACCCCGAGUCCUGGUCUCAUCCUGAACUUGAGUCCUUCUCAAACUCUCCCCAAUGGCCAUGAGUCUCCAUCCUCAUCUCCGUCUCCAUCCCCCACAAUUCCCAGAGAAACCGUCGCUUUAGUCCACGCUCCUCCAGGAAGCUGCAAAAAGGCCUCCAAGGUUCACUCCACUGCGCUCAUUGAAUCUCUUCCAGACCCCGUUUUGUUGCAGAUAUUUGCUCACUUGUCUACACCGCAGCUGUGUCGUUGUGCCCGAGUAUGCCGACGCUGGUAUAGCCUGUCCUGGGACCCACGUCUCUGGAGAACCAUCCAACUGAGCGGAGAGUCACUACAUGCUGACAGAGCCCUGAAAGUUCUUACUCAGCGCCUGUGCCAGGACACCCCCAAUGUCUGUCUCACCCUGGAGACGGUGGUGGCGAGUGGUUGCCCGAGGCUCUCUGAUCGCGGCCUGCGUCUGCUGGCUCAGUGCUGUCCUGAAUUACGGCACCUCAAGGUGGCAGGCUGUUAUAACAUUUCUAACGAGGCAGUGUUUGAUGUUGUGUCCCGCUGUCCUAACCUUGAGCACCUAGAUGUCUCAGGCUGCCCUAAAGUGACUUGUAUAAGUCUGACACAGGAGAGUUCACUGCCUCUCUCUCCGCUCCAUGGACAGCAGAUCGGCCUGCGCUAUCUGGACAUGACAGACUGCACAUCUCUGGAGGAUGAAGGCUUGCGUGCCAUCGCUCUUCACUGCCCACUCCUUACCCAUCUCUAUCUGCGCCGCUGCACUCGGCUGACGGAUGAAGCCCUACGCCAUUUGACUCUUUACUGCCCUGCUCUGCGCCAGCUCAGUUUGAGUGACUGCCAUUUACUGGGCGAUUUCGGUCUGCGCGAAGUAGCCCGCACGGAGGGUCAGCUCCGCUAUUUGAGCAUGGCACAUUGUAGCCGCAUCACAGAUGUAGGCCUGCGCUAUGUGGCACGCUACUGCCCACGUCUGCGCUACCUGAAUGCUCGAGGCUGUGAAGGCAUCACUGAUCUGGGCCUGAGCCAUCUUGCUCGCAGCUGCCCCAAGCUGCGGGCGCUGGACGUGGGUCGAUGCCCGUUGGUGUCAGACAUGGGACUUGAGGUGUUGGCGCGUUGUUGCACUGGGCUCAGAAGGCUCAGUCUGAAAGGAUGCGAAAGUGUAACUGGCAGAGGGUUAAAGGCAUUAGCUACAGGAUGUCCUGAGCUGCAGAUGCUUAAUGUACAGGAGUGUGAGGUGGCCGCAGAGGCCUUGCGGCUGAUAAGACGUUACCGGAGACGUUGUGUGAUUGAGCACACCAACCCAGCUUUUUACUGAGCACAUGGGGGGGCGUGGGGAGUGUUUUGUUUUCUGACAAGCGGUUUAUUUACCGCAGCUUUAUGGUUGAGGCCUGUCGAAUGUAUGAUAGGCUUAAGAUGACAAGGUGUGCAAUAUGUCUGUAUAAAAAAUUUUCCUUGCCACUACAUGAGGUUCGUAAUAGUAUUUAUCUGACAAAAAGGUUACUGGUGUUUUAUCUUAUGUCCAUUAUGUCUGUCUGGAUUUAAACGAUAAUAUGUCUCCAAAAGCUUUAAUUCAAAGUAUAAACCUGGAAUAUUCUGGGUCUGUGGCAUAAUCACUGUCCAAAGGUAUACUUUGCUUUUUUGAAGUCAUGCACUAGUAUAGUAUUUUGUUCGAGUGCCUUUAGCAUUGAUGCCAACUUUUGUAUGAAAAAAAAACUUUUUUCUCCUGCUCCCAGAACCACUCUUUCACAUUUAAAACCUAAAAUAUGCUUGUAAUAUAAGGGAUGAGAUAACAUGGUUACUCCACACAUUUAGGUAGUGCACUAUGCAUGAUGAUUGCAUCACUUCAUGUGUUUACCCUCUUAUUAAACUGACACGAACAUCACUCUGGAAUGGGGUCAAUGUGGAUUCCUCAGACCACAUGAUGUUUUUCUAUUGCUCCGAACUACAAUCUUUAUGCUCCCUAACAAAUUGAAGGGUUUUCCCCCAAUUAGUCUCAGUAAGAAGUGGUUUUUCUGAUGGCCACCCAGCUGUUUAGUCCCAAUCCUGCAAGUUCUCAUCACUUUGUGUGCAUAUGGAAAUGCUCUUACUUUCACUAUUAAACACAGCUGUGAUUUUUACUGACAUUUUUUUUAUGAUGCAGCUUCACCAAACAUUUAGGUGAUCUCCAGUCAUCCAGAGUUUUUUUUCGACUACAUUUAUUCCACAAAGUUGAUGGUUCUGCAUUACUCCACAAGAUGUUUAAUAAUGUGGAUUAUGAUGGACAGUUCUUAACUCUAAUUCAAUUCCAGUGGCAAUGUUUUUGCCAGGCAGUGUGUAAUACUGUUUUAUGUGGAUCUUCGCAUUUUAAAAAUCAUAUUUUAUGAUAGCCAGCAUUGCAAUUGAAAAAAAACAACAAAAUCCAUUUAUUGUUUUUUUGAAAGACCCAUACUCUUUCUUGUAAUUUAGUUUUUCUACUUACACAUAUAUGUACGUCAUCUCUCAUCUGAUUGGCUGACCUCUUCAUACUCCCUAUCUGUAAAUCGCCAGAAAUAACAGUACAAUUAAGUGACAGGUUUGUCCUUCUUUAGCAUCAUCAGCUAUAAAGAUGUACAGAUAAAUAGGCAGGCCAAGAGUUAUGGUAUGUAAACUAUGUAAAUCUAAUUUCAAAUGGAAUAUUAGUAGCCCAUAUUAAAUUUCCUUCUAUUUAAAAUAGUUAUUAACUCCCUCAGGCCUAGAAGGAUUUUAAGUUAACUGAUGAGAUAUUAUGAUAAAAUGAAGUACUGUUAUGUGUUUGCUGUUAGACAAAAUGUACAGUAGAUUAAGUAUGUUUGAUUUAUCCAUAAACAGUAACAUUUCAACUCAUAUCAAAUACAUAAAAAGAUUUACUCCUUUCUCAUUUUCAGAUCCUUUUGAAUGCAAUGCUAGGUGAUGAGUUAGCAACAUUUAGUUCACCAGUGGCUUCUGCAUGCACCGUUACCUCUAUUCAUAUUUUGCAUAUAUAAAUGUGAUGUCACCUGCAAAACAAGCUGCAGUUUAGUUUUUUAAUAUCAGUGUUUACAUGGUACAAAAAAAAUUACAGCAUGAAACAUCCAUUUUUUUCUUUUUCUUUUCUUUUUUAUAAUAAUAUGUGACAUGUGUAAUAGGUUAUAGAAGGGCCUGGGUUUAAUCAGUGUUCCAGAGGUCCUGUUUGAAGAAAAUGCUGAAUGAUCCGAUCAAACUUUGCUGCUACAAAUAAAGGGCUCCUUAUGUAAUA